UCCUAACCGCUAGAUGUCCCUCACAAGCAGCCAUGUAAUGUUUGAUGUCAGUGAGGAAAUGGAGAACUUUGAAGAGGACACCGUGAAGGUGCCGUUCGGGACGAAGCAAGUCGACGCUGCUCUGUGUAUCCCUGCUUCAUCACAGUCACUGGAGACAGACGUGGACACAGCCGUUAUUCUGACUCAUGGUGCCGGUGGAGACAUGAACUUCAAACACUUGCUUUCUCUUGCACAUGCUUUGGCAUCGAGUGGCUUCAUCUGUCUCCGGUUCACUUGCAAAAGUUUAAACUUGGGUUACAGGGUGAAGGUUUACCGAGCUGUGUGGGAAUACUUGAAAUCACUGCAGAAGUUUACCAUCAAGCACAUAUUCAUCGGAGGCAGGUCGAUGGGGAGUCGUGCUUCUGCGGCUUUAGCCAGGCAGCUGAGUGACGCGACGGAGGAUGCAGUGCAGGGCGUCAUCUGCCUGUCUUUCCCUCUACACCCUCCAGGACAGACACACAGCCAUCGCCAGCGGAGUGAAGAUCUGCGGGCGCUGCCUGAACACAUGCCUGUGCUGUUUGUGUCAGGCACUGAGGACAACAUGUGUGAUAGGGUCCUUUUUGACAAGACGGUCACAGAAAUGAAAGCUCAAACAGAGGUUUUCUGGCUGGAAGGAGGCAGCCAUGGUCUAACGGUGAAGGGACAGUCAGAGGAGUCUGUGAUGGAUCAAGUGAAUUUACAAGUUAUUACUUGGAUUAAUAAAAGUAGAGAGUAAACCAUUGAGGAAAUAUUUCAGUGUGUAUUUGUUUAGUUUUGUAAGUUAAAUAAAAUAUAUUUUUUCACACAGCACAGUCCAA